AUGAAGAUUAGUAAUGGCAAUAACAUUAAUGCAGCAUCAGAAAGUAUGCUGCCAGAAGGCCGUCAACAGGAUAUCGAAGACCUUGCAACAGUAGUGCCUACUGGUGAUGGAGAAGAAAGAAAAAGACACUUGCAAUUGUAUCAAGCUGCCCUGAGUGGUGACUGGGACACAGCUAAAGGCAUUUAUGAGGUUUUUCCACGUGAAGUUGAUGCUAAGAUAACUAAGCGAGGGGAGACUGCUCUACAUAUUUCAGCUGCCGCGGAGCAUACUCAUUUUGUGAAACAACUUGUUGAGAUGAUGAGCAAAGAGGCUUUGACUUGUAAAAACGAUGCAGGAAACACAGCCUUUUGUUUUGCAGCGAUAUCUGGAGUCGAAGAACUUGCCAAAAUCAUGAUGGCGAAGAGCAGUGAUUUGGCAAUGACUCGAGGUAGAGGAGAUAUGUUACCAAUUUGUAUGGCAGCUCUUUUGGGGCAUAGGAAGAUGGUGUCGUAUCUUUAUGAUAAAACUAUAGAUCAGUUAAAUGAUGGGGAUCGAAUAGAGUUACUUGUUACUCUAAUUGACAGUGACAUAUAUGGUGAGCAGUCUUUUCUAUGUUCUGAUGUAGCACUGACAAUGCUUAAAGCGCACCCCCUGCUGGCCUAUGCUCGUGACGAACAUCAGCUGACAGCAUUGCAUGCAUUGGCUCAAAAGUCUUGUAUGCCUUCCUAUGUUGUCGAUCAAAGCCCACCAGGAUUUUGGAACAAAUGCCUCAACCCUUGUUACAGUUUGGCUCAGGAGAAGAAACAUAUGCACAAACAAGCGCUUCAUCUAAUCCAGUACCUUUGGGAACAAGUAGUAUUGCUGGAUGAUGCAACCAUUUCUUAUCAAAUUGGAGAGCCCUGGCCAUUAGUAUUUACUGCAGCAGAAAGAGGGAACCUUGACUUUCUAACCAUAAUUAUUCGUUUGUACCCUGAUAUUAUCUUCAAAGUUGAACAUAAUAUGUAUAGCAUAUUUCACCUUGCUAUCCUGAAUCGUCACGAGCACAUCUUCAAGAUGAUAUAUCAGAUUGGCUCUAUUAAGAAUUUGAUAACAACAUACAAAGACGGAGAAGGGAAUAAUAUGUUACAUUUGGCUGCGAAAGUAGUGGAAUCACCGAGUCGACUAAAUGUUAUACCUGGAGCAGCUUUACAACUUCAAUGCGAAUUGCUUUGGUUUGAGGAAGUGAAAAAAGUAGUUCAACCAAGACAUAUUGAAGAAAAUAAUAAAGACGGGAAAACUCCAGGAGCUCUAUUUAUAGAACAACACAAGUCUCGUGCCACCGCUGGAAUGUACUUCAGGUCAUCUCUUACUCAGCUCAAGUAG